AUGGGUCACGUGAACCUUCCGGCCUCCAAGCGCGCGGGCGGCCCGCGCCAGUGGCGCCUCCUCGACCUCGUCACCGCGGCGUUCUUCGGCCUCGUCUUCCUCUUCUUUGUCCUCGUCUUCACGUCCAUGGGGGACUCCCUCGCCGCCUCCGGCCGCCAGACGCUGCUCCGAUCUGCCUCCGACCCGCACCAGCGCCUCCGCGUGUCGGCCGCCAUCGAGGCCGGGCAGCCGCGCGUGAUCGAGGCGUGCUCCGCCGACACCGCCGACCACAUGCCGUGCGAGGAUCCGAGGUUAAACAGCCAGCUGAGUAGGGAGAUGAAUUACUACCGAGAGAGGCAUUGCCCGCCGCUGGGGAACACGCAGCUCUGCCUCGUCCCGCCGCCUCACGGGUACAAGGUGUCGGUGCAGUGGCCGGAGAGCUUGCACAAGAUAUGGCACAGCAAUAUGCCAUACAACAAGAUUGCUGACAGGAAAGGUCACCAGGGAUGGAUGAAGCUUGAAGGUCCACACUUUAUAUUCCCUGGAGGUGGCACAAUGUUUCCAGAUGGAGCAGAGCAAUAUAUUGAAAAGCUUGGUCAAUACAUUCCAAUGCGUGGCGGUGUUCUGAGGACUGCUCUUGAUAUGGGAUGUGGGGUUGCCAGUUUUGGAGGAUAUUUACUAGCUCAAAACAUAUUAACCAUGUCUUUUGCUCCAAGAGAUUCACACAAAUCGCAGAUACAAUUUGCACUUGAAAGAGGAAUACCAGCUUUUGUUGCCAUGCUUGGUACUCGCAGGCUCCCAUUUCCUGCAUUUGGCUUUGACUUAGUCCAUUGUUCUCGGUGUUUAAUCCCUUUUACAGCCUACAAUGCAACUUAUUUCAUUGAAGUGGACAGAUUACUUCGCCCUGGUGGAUAUUUAGUCAUUUCUGGUCCCCCUGUUCAGUGGCCUAAGCAAGACAAAGAAUGGUCAGAUCUCCAGGCUGUGGCAAGAGCUUUGUGUUAUGAACUGAUUGCUGUAGAUGGUAACACUGUGAUAUGGAAAAAGCCAGCAGUGGACAUGUGUCUCCCCAACCAAAAUGAAUUUGGUCUGGCCUUGUGUGAUGAUUCAGAUGACCCAAGUUCAGCAUGGUACUACAAAUUGAAGAAAUGUGUCACUAGGUUGUCUUCUGUCAAAGGUGAAUAUACUGUUGGUACAAUUCCCAAAUGGCCAGAAAGGCUCAACGCUCCUCCAGGAAGGUCCACAAUCCUGAAAAAUGGUGCUGAUGUAUAUGAGGCAGACACUAAGCGAUGGGUAAGAAGAGUUGCACACUAUAAGAAUUCUCUAAAAAUAAAGUUGGGGACUCCAGCAAUACGCAAUGUCAUGGACAUGAAUGCAUUUUUUGGGGGAUUUGCGGCAGCACUGAUUUCUGAUCCUGUGUGGGUAAUGAAUGUUGUUCCAUCUCAAAAGUCACCAACACUUGAUGCAAUAUUUGAUAGAGGCCUUAUUGGAGUCUAUCAUGAUUGGUGUGAACCUUUCUCAACAUAUCCUCGCACCUAUGAUCUGAUCCAUGCAACAAGCAUUGAAUCACUUAUAAAGGAUCCUGCCUCUGGCAAAAACAGAUGUAACCUUGUUGAUUUGAUGGUCGAAUUGGAUCGAAUUUUACGCCCAGAAGGAACUGUUGUGAUGAGGGAUACCCCUGAAGUAAUUGAAAGAGUAGCUCGUGUCGCACGUGCAGUGAGGUGGAAUCCCACCAUAUAUAAUAAAGAACCUGAAUCACACGGCAGGGAGAAAAUUCUAGUCGCAACUAAGACCUUCUGGAAGCUCUAA